ACACCUGUCUCGAUUUGUGUCCUCAGUUUAUAAGUAAGCUCAGAGAUUGUUGUAGCAGGAUGCUGCUUAUUUGUUUUGUGUUGAGUUUAACCACAUAUUUCACAGGAAUUCUUUGUGAAAGUUGCGAAAAUAAUUGGAAUUGUAGCGGAAAUGCUAUUUGCAAAAAUGGAGAAUGUAAUUGCGAUACAAUAUCAUAUUGGAGUAUGGAGAGAGAAAAAUGUAUGCCGUAUGUUACUGAAUAUAAAGGCUACUGUGUAGAAAAUGAUCAAUGCGAAUGGUUAGGUGAUAAUGCAGAAUGCAGCAAAAAUAUUUGCGAUUGCAAAGAAAAUUUCACGUGGUUUGAAGGAAAAUGCAAGAAAUAUGCCAAUAUUGGUGAUUAUUGUGACGAAUCGAUAAUGUGUUAUGACCAAAUAAAUCAUCGCGUUAUGCACUGUGAUGAUAAGAACAAAUGUACUUGCAGCGAUGGGUAUUACAACAGAGGGAGUGAUUGCAGAAAAAAAGUGGACGAUGGAAGUUGUGCUAUAAAUUAUGAUUGUAACCAAUCACCAUACUCAUCACAAAUCUGUGUUCUUAGUAAAUGCGUCGAAAAAACUGAUCCUCAAAAAAGUUUGCAUAGUUCAAAGGAACUAGUAAACACACAACAUGAGAAAAAAUAUGUAGCUGGCUCCUCAGGUGACAUCAAUUGUACCAGUGAUAUCGACUGUAGAAAUAUGGCCAACUCUGUAUGUGAUGCAAAUACCAAUACUUGCCGAUGUAAAAAUAGUUAUUUUUUAGAGGAAGGAAACUGUUUGCCAGGUUUUGCCGUAUGUAAGGCAAAUGAUACUUGUUCCUCGGCUUUACCAAAUAGUUAUUGUUUCCAUGGAGUAUGCGUUUGCCUUCAAGGUUAUUUCUACUCAGAAAAUAUGUGUAUUCCAGAAAUUGGAAUACCGAUAAAUACAACAAAUGAUGAAGAUUGUAAAAUCAAAGCUUCCAUUUUGCAAGAUGGAGCUUGUUAUUGCAUAAAAUUUUGGUUUGCAGAUGAAUAUAACAGAAAAUGUAUAAAAUCUACCGUGCAAGAUAACCAAAGGUGUGUGAAUGAUUAUUGGUGUAAUGCCAUGGGUCCCUAUUCGUUUUGCAAUUCAAGUGGUUUGUGUCAAUGCAGCAGUUUUGCUCAAUUAGACGAAGAAACAUUCUAUUGUGAGAAAGUAGGAAAUAUUCCCAAUGACACAUGUGUAAGAGAUACAUCAUGCGGUUACAACAGAAGAUGCCAGAAUGAACAGUGUGUAUGUAAAGAGAAGUUUUCCGAGGUUGAAGGUCAUUGUUUACCAGAUUUGGGAGGUCCUUGUGAUGUUAAUGAUUGCUCUCAUAUAGAAAACGCAUCAUGCUUUGAUAGCAUAUGUUCGUGUAAUAUGAAUUAUACAAGCUAUAAUAACCAGUGUCUUUCAAGUGCUGAAAGUUUUGAUGAUGCUUGUGAAGUUUCGGAACAGUGUCAAAAAUUAAAAUUCACUGAAUGUUCCAGUAAUUCAAAAAAAUGUGAAUGUAUCAAAGGCUUCGAAUUUGUAGAUGGAAAAUGUUGGGAAUCCAAAGAUUAUGGAUCUCCCUGUAUGACAAGAUUGGACUGUACUGAAGUUCUUGAUGAAGAGUUUGAAUGCAUAAAUAACAAAUGCGUUUGUCCAAUUGGACAAGUUUGGGAUGAAGGAUUUUGUUUUAAUAGCAUGUCUAUUACAUUAGUAACUUAUCCAUAUUUAUUAAUGGUUCUACUUCUGAUCGCCUUCUUUUUCUAAUAAAAUUGAUGGAAUUUAGGAUAAUUAUAUAAAGAUUAUAGUGUAUAUUUUAUCUUUAUUGUAAUCCAAAUAUAAUUUUUGAUACUC